UAGGUAUCUUAUGUACCUCAGUUGCUUACAGGUCUGAUUCGGUCAGUUUCAGUCAUUCGACGGUGUAAAUCUUUAUUAAUUAGACGCCAAUUGAAUGUGGUAGUCACUUGCACCGGGAGAGGUGCCCCAUCACACCUUUGGCGGUUGCAUAUUCCAAUCUCUGACUUUCACAAGAGGAGGAUCAUCAUGCCGCCGAGGAAGGCAACCGGCCCGAUCGCGUCCUUGGACGAUCUUCGCGUGAGCAUAAUAAGCGGGAGGACGACGGAGCGCAGCAAUGCAUUGAAAGAGUUAAUUGAGUUUGCUUCCCGCGCCGAACGAAUAAAACCUCUCAAGGACAAGAGCAUCCAUCAAUUAUUGGAAGCUUUAUUUCAUUGUGCUGUAGCAGAGAAAUCAACUUAUUAUGGCGGCACCAAGACCACAAGGGCCCAGGCAGAGAACAAAUUGGCCCUCUGUGCCGAAGCACUCCGCAUGAUUAUUACUCAACGCACUGCCAAAAUAAAGAUCAAGGCAGCACGAGCUGUAGUUGACCAUAUAACUCAGGCGUUGCCUGGGCCCGACCAAGAUUUUGUACCACCGUUGCAGCAGGAUUACAUCAAGGCGCUUGUUGCCCUGCUGGGAAACCCAGCCACGGUUGAACACCUUGGUCGAAACGAUGCCGACAGCUGGCUCGCAUGUGUGGACUUUCUCACCGAGUCUUUAUCUCGGCUGCUCGAAAAUGGGGAUAGGGAAUUGGUGGUCCUAUCUCGAGGGUCCCCCGUCCCUGGAACAGUAACAGGCACUUCCUCCACCAACAGGUCUAAUUCUUUCUUCAGCCAACGACAUGGCAGCCAGAAAAACCUCAGGUUGCUUGAAGACAUGGUCCUUUGCCUCCACCAGCUCGUCUCGGCGACGAAUGCUCCUUUGUCGCUACGAUAUAAACCGAUCACAAGGAAACUAGUACAAGUUCUGCAGCUUCGGGGCCUUAAUGUGAGCAACAUGCAUCAGGCCACAUUUGGUGCACUCGUUGGCAUCGUGGCUCAAAUCCAAGCAGAUGACAUAUCCCUGGCAGCCAGUGUCACCCGCGAGCUGCUGCCCUUGCUCUCACAUUGGUGGCAGCCCCAUUCAUCCAAGAAUGACAAACUUCUGAACUCUGUCAGGGAUGAGAUACUCCGUGCAGUAUUUGUCCUUGUGCCACACAUGGAUGCAAUUCUGCGAGCUCCUGAUGAUGGACCCAUACCAGAUGAGAUCCUGGAGCUCAUGGACGCGCUGUGGCUUGAAUACUCUAGGCGGGAUGAUCGUCUGCAGCUUCAGUUGUCAGAUCUUGACUUCUCUUCUCUCGAAGUAGACUAUUUCAAGACUGCGCUCUUUGGCCUGCGUCCUUUUGAUAUGUCUGCGGAGCGCAAGUGGGCCAUUCUUGAGGCUAUAGCACAGCUGGAGCUACUGUACUCAAGGAAGUACAAGCAGCUGCGUCCCCCGACAGACCAGGACCAAGAUCAUCCACGAAAACGUCGACGGGUUGAAGGUGGUCAGGACAGAAUCCACGAAAAGCUGAACUCCCCAGACGACAGUCUAAAGCUUGUCGCGCUACAAUUACUCUCUUUCACAUUUGGUAACGAGAAACCAUCUCAGGAAGAAUAUUUCUCGGAUAUGAAUCAUAUAUUGGGACUGUUGAGCCACAAACAAUCUAACAUUGCGUCUUGGGCCAUGAUAGCUUGUGCUAGUUAUUCUCUGCAUCCUCAGGCAAAAGCCGCAGAUAUUUCUGCCUUGUGGUCGCAGGCAUGGCAGGUAGCUGUGCGUUCUGUCAGUCAUCAAGGAACGAGCCGAGCAGCGAGCUUCCUGCUCUAUUCGAUACUCAAGUCUGAUAUCCUUGCCCAGCAUGAGACAGCAGAUAGUAUUACUACCAUGGUCACAACUGCAGACAUCAGUGGUCCAGCUGUCGUGGCAGACUCUUCGCUGAUCUUGAUGUUGUACUUACUUCACCUCCGAAAUACCAUGCUGCCAGGGGCCGGUCAAAUCACUUGCAACCACGUUAUCCGCUGGGUCUUUUCAAAGUGGAAUCCUAGUGAUGGUGCGUACGCGAUGUCAAACUCGACGUUCACAAGUGUCAUCGAUCUUGCGAACUUGCUCAGAGCUUGUUGUGGCAGCCAAAGCGUGCCAGAACAACCCCUCAUCCCCGUUCCUGGUGGUCCAGUAUAUCAAUAUUGGUCUCAGCAGAGAGAUGAUCAUGAUUUUAUAAGCUACCUUCUACUCAGUGAGAGUACCAGUACUUAUGUCAGAAGCAAGAGCCCAAAGCCACAAGCCUAUACUUCAGGCUCUGAAGAAGCCAGGCAUAUCACCGAUGCUGCCGACGCAAACGCGGCGAGGAAGUUGAUCGCAGAGCUUCUUCAACCCAAGCUCAUCAACUCGAUCAUGAUGGCUGAAACUUGGACACAAAGCAAAGCAAAAGUCUCUACCGAUAGGCUAAAGAGCGUACUUCAAUGCGCCCUCGUAUCCUUGAUGAUAAUGCCUGAACUGGACCAAAUGAAAAUAUCACUUUCUCGAGAAGUUGAGACAACAGCACAAAGCCUUGUUGAAAUUCUACUCGAUUUGAUCAUGACUGCGGAUGACACUCAGGACUUUUCAAAUAUGUGUUUCCAGUCAAUAACGGGUCUGCUGCCUCGUCUUUGCAGCCAAGAUCUCAUUCGAUUCCGACAACAAAAUCAACCACUUCUUGCUUUCUUUGCAAGAUUGGCAAGUAUGCUGGACGAAAAGUCAUCUCAGCCACGAUCUAGUUCGGGUGUAGACCUUAUGGAUAUAGAUGAUGAAUUUGAGUCGCAACAGAGUCAAACAAGGUCGAUUUCGAAGGCUGUCUCCUUUCCACGAAGUGACCUUGGACUUAAAUACAGCCACGAGGGGUUUUACGCGGACAUCAGGAUGAGGCUUCGUCUGUUACCUUUUUUCCUGGACGAUGAGGAACACAUUGGCAUCCUACCUACCGACUUUGUGGGCACUAUUGUUCAACUUCCUGAAGAAGGGUUCCUAUAUAGCACUCGCCUCCUUAAGGAAUGCCUUAGGGCCGACUUUACCAUCAGGACCGCAGACGCCUCACGCAUCAUCGAGACUAUAGGCUCAGUCAUAGGCGAGGAUAAUGCUGCUUGUGAGGUGGUACUGGGAGUUUGCAUUGAUAUGAUUGAGCUACUGAUUCCAGUGUGGAGCGACGAUCAAGAGCUUUCGGGCCCAAUAGGAGACCUCUACUUGUUCCUGGUGGACAAGGGCUCGCCUAGUAACAAUCUUUCCCAAAGGGCUCAGGCUCGAUUGGCAGAUCUUUUGUUCACCCUGCUUGAAAAGAAGCCAGAUUACGGUACAAGUCUCAAUUACAAGUCUUGCCGUUCUUCCCUCUUUUCAUUAAUCAAGGAGGGCGCUCUCUGGUUAAAAUUCAAUAUUGGUUCGAAACUUCCCAAGAUUUUUGAGCUUUAUGUCUUCAAGGUCCACGAUGAGUUGUUCCUCGACAUUUUGGAUUGUCUUCCUACAGACUCAGACCACAGGGAAGGCAUCGCAUUUCGUCUCUAUCUUCUUGCGGAAAUUGCACGACAAUGGCCGACAACUUUGCGCCGAGGAAUCUACACGAUCUUCGAGACCUCGGGUCAUAUUUUAAGCUCAGUCUAUCACGCACAGAGAUGUCUUUCUGGUGUUGCAGAUUAUCUAGACCUGGAGAGUCCAAAGGAACUCUUCCGGCUCUUCACGCCGCAGCUACUGUACACAUGGCUGGAAUCAUCUACUCUGGAGACUAUACCUUACGGUAUUUUUGGAUUUUCCAGCCUUGACGAGCUCCUGAAACAAGCCAAACCCGAAGCCAUUUCCCUCAUGAUGAUGCGAGGCCAGGAAAAGCAAGCAGCGGAUCUGGUACAAGCGCUGAGGACCACCACCGCUAAACUGAUACAGGAAAAUUUUGCCAGAGUGAUGGCGUACAGCGUGGCACAUGACAUCUGUGGGCAGAAGAGUUCCAACAGGGACAAACACGUCACGAGCGAGAGCAUCGUCAAGCGAAUCAUGGGCAAGGAGUUGUUCUAUCAACACGUUAAUCUCGAGUUUGUGGACAUCAUCGGGAUUCUCUUCGACAUUAUCGACCAAGAGGAUCCAAUCGAGGCCAAGUGCUUUGCUAAAAAUCCCAGUCUCAAAUAUGCUGCCGACAUCAGCGCAAAGAUCAAGGGGUUCGGACACUCUGAAGUUAUUCUCCCCCCGAAUCAACAGCCGUUGUUCAGAGCCAGGCAUCUCACACAAGAACUGGAACAUAUCUGUGGGAGAACACAGCACGAGUUGCAAAGUCUGUGGAGUUCUGCGCUGGUUGUGUCGGUCUGUCGCAAGCUUCUGAACAGUAUUCAACCGGCCAUGGGUCCUUUGCAUGCAUGCGCAGUUAUCCGCAAGGUGCGAAUCUUAGUCUGUUUGGCUGGAGAUCAUGCUGUCUCGUCAUAUCCUGUCGAGAUGAUUCUUUACUCCAUACGCCCCUACAUUGGAGACCCCGAGUGCGCCGAUGAUGCGCUUGGGAUCACUCGGUAUUUAAUCUCAUCGGGGGCAAAUCACCUCGCUCGGGUGCCGGCCUUCCUUGCUGGCUACGCACUCUCCACACUUGCAUCCCUACGGUUGUUCCUUGAGUCCAGUCAGUCAAGUACAACUCAGGAGAGCCAGUUCAAGGCGACCAAGAGCAAUGCUCAGACAUUUCACCAGUGGUUCACAGAAUUUCUCACUUCAUACGAAUCUGCCAACUUCAGGAACGAGUCUCAGCGUCAGGCCUUUAGAAGAAUCACCAAGGCAGCUGCGCAAAUCGGCACCUCGGGAAACGCAGAAAAGGAAACCCAUGAGUCCAGCCUCCUACUUGAAAUCCUCAAGGAUGGUGCGAACCGGCACCGACUAUUGAAUCAAUCCUCGAGAGACUUGGCCCUUGCAAUGCUAUGUGGAGAUUUCAAGCCACCACCUCCUGGCCCCAAGGAUGUCAUCGACACGGACGACGGUGCCAUCAAGCACAGCACAAUGGUCUGGGAGAGCUGCAAAGCUCAGUCCCUUCAUACCAACUAUCUCACAUGGGCAGGCCGUGUGGUUGGUAAAUCUUUUGCGGCGUCAGGGGAGGUCCAAGAGAAGCUCUUGCGAGAGUCCCGUUUAGCUGAUUAUGCAAAGUUAGCGGGACGGGACUUGGGAUCAGAAGAGGGAAUCCUGGAAGCCAUCGAAGCAUUGAUAACAGACCGCGAUUGUGCAACAGCUGGCUUAGCUGAGGCUGCCUUGCGUAAGAUCGUCACAGAAACAACUGCUGCUCAGGACAACUCUUUAUCCAUGGCCUGCCAGCAUAGUCUCUCUGAAGCUGUUCAUGCUUCUUCGGAUUGGACUCCUUAUAGCAUCCCUCCUUCUGAGUACAUCGAGGUUUCCCAAAUGACGGAGGCUGAGCUUUUCAGCCGUGGUCGCAUUGACACCCUCGACUGGUCGCAGUUGAUGGCUGUGUUUCUGGCCAAAUCUGUCCCCAACUAUACAAUCUUGGCCCAGCUACCUCCGCUUCUGCUCAAGUCAAAAUCGUUUGCAGAUCAAGUUUUCCCUUUCAUCGUUCACCUUGUCCUGUUUCUGCAGCUGGAUACGCAGCAGACAGUCCGGCGCAAGCUAUCUGACAGCCUCAGAGACUGGCUCGUCAUGGACACCCCUCUGGCGAGAGAUAAUAUCAAACUUCUCAUUAAUACGGUGCUUUUCCUAAGAACACAGCCACUUCCGAGUGAAUCCUCCAUUGCGGAUCGCUCGACCUGGCUUGAUAUUGAUCUUGCUGGAUUGUCGACUGCAGCUACACGAUGUGGGAUGUACAAAGUCGCCCUUGUUUUUGCUGAGAUUGCCUUUUCAGAGGCUAGUCAGAAAACAUCUCGGAGAUCUUCAGCUGCGAGGGACUUGGAUACUACUGAUUCAACUGAGAUACUCCUGGAGAUUUUUGAGAAUAUCGACGACCCAGACGCUUACUACGGACUCCCUCAAAUUUCAAAUCUCGAUAACGUUCUUUCCAGACUUGAGUAUGAGAAAGAUGGCAUGAAGAGCCUAGCAUUUCGUGGCGCCCAGCUCGACGAUCACGUCAGGCGCAGGGACCAGUCUGCAACCAAGGAUGGCCAGUCUAUGGUACGAACGCUGGGAGAACUUGGCCUCUCGGGGCUAGCUCACUCGCUACUACAGACCCAACAAGGCCUGGAUGGGCAAUCAUCUGGUAUUGGCAGUACUUUUGAGACUGCUCGGCGCCUAGCGAUAUGGAAUCUACCUGUUCCUCCGAACCAAGACCACCGCGCAGUCGCUAUGUACAAGGCUUAUCAGAGCAUACAUCAGGCGACUGAUCUAACAUCUGCCCAACAGGCUGUUCAUCAAGGUCUAGCAAGCACUAUCCGCUACCUGACGCGCGGAAGCCUGAAAGCUUUCCAUUUGCGGCAGCACCUUGGUGCUCUAGCUGCCCUAACAGAAAUCGACGAGUCACUCACCAUCCACGACAGUGUGGAUGCGCUCUAUCGCAGAUUCGAGGGGAGGUCAGAGUGGAUGAUGAGUGGAAGAUACGACGAUGUUCGUCAGAUUCUUUCAUGCCGGGAGUCAACUUUGAGCUUGCUCAGUCAGCAUAGCCACUUUCAAAAAUCCCAGAAGCUCACGGCUGCCACGACAAGGACAUUGGAAGUUCAGGCGCUGCUGCUAUCAGCCGGAAUCUUUAGAUAUCACGACGCCACACAAGAGUCACUAAACAUAUCCACCUCGCUCAACAAUCUCAUUCAGCCGUGCGAGGCUAUGGGUCUCAGUGUCGAUGCGGCGAUCAAGGUGGAAGUUGCAAACUCGUUUUGGGAUUACGGCGAGAUGAUCCCAUCGAUUCGUAUGCUACAGAGCAUUGAAGGGGAGUGUGCCCUCAAAAAGCAGACAAUCGAUGUCAAUCGUGCCGACCUGUUGGCCAGUAUUGGGCAUCAGGUCUCGGUAGCUAAGCUUGAAAGCUCCGAGGAAAUCCAGCGAAAAUAUCUACAACCAGCUUUGAAGGAACUUCGAGGCAACCACGAAGGCAAGGCGGCUGGAAAAGUCUACCACCAAUUUGCCGUUUUCUGCGAUGAACAGCUGCAGAAUCCGGACAGCCUGGCUGACCUCAACCGCCUCAAAGGGCUUGAGAAGGGGAAAAGCGACGAGGUCACCCAGCUGAGUGCGAUUGUGUCCAAAACUAAGGAUCCGAUGCUCAAGCAGAGAUACACCGGCAUGUUGAACAAGGCCAGGACUUGGCUUGAUCUGGACCGACAGGAGCUACGACGUAUCGAACAGACACGCAGUCAAUUCGUGCAGCUGAGUCUGGAAAAUUACCUGCUAGCUCUGUCGGCGUCGGAUGAGCACAACGACGAUGCGCUGCGGUUCACAGCACUAUGGCUAGAACGAUCCGAGGAGCAAGCUACCACUCAAGCAGUGCAAACCCACUUACACAAGGUUCCCAGUCGGAAGUUGGCUCCAUUGAUCAACCAGCUCACUUCACGCCUACAGGAAGCAGAAACAAGCUUCCACAAGCUACUGCAAAACCUUGUCUUCCGAAUAUGCUGCGAGCAUCCCUAUCACGGCAUGUACCAAAUAUGGUCAGGGAUGAAAUCUAAGAUCAAUAAGGAGGACGAAAUCGCAGUCCUUCGCAACAAGGCAAUGGUCAGGAUCUCAGAGCACCUCGGAAAGCACAAAAAAGUCUAUAGCAUUUGGCAUGCUGUCAACCACACCAACGCCAAGUACUAUGCUUUAGCCAUUGAUCGAGGUCCAGAGAAGGGCUACAAGCAGGGGCAAAAGGUCGCAAUCCAUAACCACGCACAAGCUAAGCCUCUUCAAGAUUCCCUGUUGAAGUAUCGCAUCCCACCGCCGACCAUGCAGAUGGAACUGCGGGCGGACUGCGACUAUUCCAAAGUACCAGUAAUCGUCAAACUGGAACCAGAGAUGAGCAUAGCGUCCGGACUGAGCGCUCCCAAGAUCUUGACAGCAGUAGGCAGUGAUGGAGUCAGAUACAAACAGCUUGUAAAAGGUGGCAAUGACGAUCUCCGGCAAGACGCCAUCAUGGAGCAGGUGUUCGCAGCUGUGUCAUCGGUACUCAAGCUUCACCGGACUACUCGGCAACGAAAUCUGGGCAUUCGCACCUACAAGGUCGUCCCGCUUACGACAUCUACUGGACUCAUUGAGUUUGUACCUAAUACGAUCCCGUUGCAUGACUAUCUCAUACCGGCACACGAGCGAUAUUACCCUAAGCUCUGGAAGGGCAGCCAGUGUCGUAAGGAGAUCUCGAAUGCCCAAGGCAAGCCGGUUGAAGAACGCAUUCGGGCAUAUCGCAAAACGACAGAGCGUUUCCCGCCGGUCAUGCGGUAUUUUUUUAUGGAACACUUCCCAGACCCGGACGAAUGGUUUGUGAGAAGACUGGCAUACACACGCACGACGGCUGCCAUCUCGAUGCUGGGCCACGUAUUGGGACUAGGUGACCGACAUGGCCACAACAUCCUGUUGGACAGCCGUACCGGCGAAGUGGUGCAUAUCGAUUUGGGCAUAGCAUUCGAGAUGGGCCGCAUCCUACCCGUGCCGGAGCUCGUCCCAUUCCGCUUGACACGUGACAUCGUGGACGGCAUGGGAAUCACCAAGACAGAGGGCGUGUUUCGGCGGUGCUGUGAGUUCACGAUGGAUGCGCUGCGGGAGGAGACGUACUCCAUCAUGACGAUCCUAGAUGUGCUGCGAUACGACCCGCUGUACUCUUGGUCCAUAUCGCCGGUACGCCUGGCGAAGCUUCAGGACACAACGACAUCGCGCGACAAUGAGACAGGGGCCGCAGGGGUCGACGUCAAGGCCGUGGUGGAGAACCGCAAGGUUGUCAAUGAGCCAUCCGAGGCGGAGAGAGCGCUCGAGGUGGUGCGCAAGAAACUUUCCAAGACGCUGAGUGUCACUGCGACUGUGAACGAUCUGAUCAACCAGGCGACCUCAGAGAGAAACCUAGCCUGUCUAUUUUCUGGCUGGGCUGCAUAUGCUUGAUAAGAUUGAUGCUUUAAACCUGGUGGGCAUCGAGCAAUGUAUAAUAAGGUUUGGCAGUAAAUGUCAAGUCAUGGAUGGGAUGAUGUGUUGAGCGCAGACAGGCGCGUCCAAACUAGUGCAGACCUGCAGCAGGAAACAAAAUAAUGGUAGGAGUAAUGAUGUUGGAGCACCCAUCUUUGCAACUUAGCCAGCUAUCGAUCUAGUGUUAAACGUGAGAAACUCAGGAAUCAAGACACAACCUGACGCUAUCGUUAACAGCCCGUGUACGG